AUGCCCCUUGUCUUGAAUGCGGCCUUUGUCAUAAUCAGUGUCACCAACUUUGGUCUCCGCAUCGCCGAAUAUGCCUACGCAUCCACAAUGAGCCAUUCUUGCCCAAGACAGCCCCGAAUCCCCACGUAUUUAUUCGUUCAAGGCAUCUUGGGGCUGGUCCUAUGGCUCUACAUAUUCCUUGACGGAGGACAGGAGUUUGCGGGAAAGCUGACGAGGAAAGGGAAGAUAAAGAAUAAAUAUCGUCAGAUGUUUAUUGUGGCAUUUUUAAUCACCUGCUUCACCUGGCUCAUCCUCGGAAACAUUUGGAUUUUCUCAAUAAAAAACGACUACGUCAAGAGCGCUGAGAGAUUUAUAGACGGAGUCCCCACGAACCCGAAGUAUUGCAACGGAGAAUUGUAUAACUUUGCAUUCUAUUCCAUAAUCGCUGAAUGGAUCUAUUUUAUGCUCACAGUGACGGUCAUGGUCGGAAUUGCCUUCAGUGUUGUUUUCUGA